GAAAUGCUCAUGUCAUUGCCUCCUCUAUUUGAAAACGAGGAGUUCCUGAGCCUAUCCCAAUCAGCCGGACAGGAUCUUGUCGUUCGCUAUCUAGUCAGCUCGAUCGACGCCCUUUCCUUAGUGAGUCGCCAACGAGUAUAUCUUCUUUGCUCAUCUCUUCGUAAUAUACUUCAGUUCACAUCGCAAAGAGGGCAAUCGCUUACUGACCUGCUAAACUCCAUAGAUGGUCUCCAGAACGGGGUUUGCGAAGAGGACGACCCUCCAGACAGCGAUACGAAGCUCAUUGACGACGAGACCUCUUUUGAACAUUUACAGUUUACCGAUUCUCAAUUUUACUACAUUCUUGCAUAUUCUGAUUGA